AUGUCGUUCGCUCCUCCUCGAAUUAUUCAUGCAGGUGACCGUACAUUUGGAGUGCUUACAAAGCUUGAUCUGAUGGACAAAGGAACCAAUGCCGUAGAUGUUCUGGAAGGAAGAGCUUAUCGUUUACAACAGCCGUGGGUGGGUAUUGUUAAUCGUUCACAAGCAGAUAUCAACAAAAAUGUUGAUAUGAUGGCUGCUAGGCGUAAGGAACGUGAGUACUUCGCUACAAGUCCCGACUAUGGGCAUUUGGCUGGUAAAAUGGGUUCUGAAUAUCUGGCAAAGCUGCUCUCUAGGCACUUGGAAUCUGUAAUCAGGGCUAGAAUUCCAAGUAUAACUUCCUUGAUCAACAAAAGUAUAGAUGAACUUGAAGCUGAGAUGGACCACCUCGGAAGGCCUAUUGCUCUGGAUGCUGGGGCUCAACUAUACACCAUCUUGGAACUUUGCCGUGCUUUUGACAAGAUAUUCAAGGAGCAUCUGGAUGGAGGCCGUCCUGGAGGUGACCGAAUUUAUGGAGUUUUUGACAAUCAGCUACCUGCUGCAUUGAAAAAACUUCCUUUUGAUCGUCAUCUUUCGGUACAGAACGUGAGAAAAAUUGUCUCAGAAGCUGAUGGUUACCAACCACACUUGAUUGCUCCUGAACAAGGUUAUCGGCGGCUUAUUGAGGGGUCACUAAAUUAUUUCAGGGGGCCUGCUGAAGCUUCUGUUGAUGCUGUUCACCUUGUAUUAAAGGAGCUUGUCAGGAAGUCAAUUGGGGAGUGCCUGGAGUUGAGACGGUUCCCAACUCUACAAUCAACCAUAGCUGGAGCAGCAAAUGAAUCGUUGGAGAGGUUCCGUGAGGAAAGCAAGAAAACAGUUGUUAGAUUGGUCGAUAUGGAAUCUUCAUAUCUGACAGUAGAUUUCUUCCGGAAACUUCCUCAGGAAGUAGAGAAAGCCGGAAACCCAGGAGGGAACCCACGGGAAAACUCACCAGCUGUACAGAACAUUGAUCGCUAUGCAGAGGCACAUUUCAGGAGGAUAGGUUCUAAUGUGUCGUCUUACGUAUAUAUGAUAUCUGAGACUUUGAGGAACUCGAUUCCCAAGGCAGUGGUUUACUGCCAAGUUAAGGAGGCCAAACAGAAUUUACUCAAUUACUUCUACACCCAAAUUGGGAGGAGAGAGGGUAAGCAACUUUCAGAGUUAUUGGAUGAAGAUCCAGCAUUGAUGGAUAGAAGGCUGCAAUGCGCGAAAAGGCUUGAAUUGUACAAGAAAGCGCGGGAUGAGGUUGAUUCUGUGGCAUGGGUUCGAUGAAUUUGAUCCUUGACAGGUCUAGUUUGUAUGUUAAUAUGUUGUUCACGAAGGCGUGAUUUAUCAGAUUCUGUGACUGAAUGACUGUUUUGUGAUUCAUUAUAUUGAUUAGCUGGAUGUUGUUAGAUUUUGUUUAUUUGUUGUAACGUCGUAAAUGAAAGAUGAUGUUCUUAGUUUUCA